AUGCCUCCAAAAUUACUAAAAGAAUAUACAACACCCUUGGGGAAUGGAGCCGGGGUCCCCAAAGAGCAUAGACCACCUCCAGUAAAGAAUUCUGCGGAACGGCUAGCUCGUCCUUUUAAAGUUCCCUUCACUGAUGGCCAUAGACAUAACACUCCUAUGAGAGCUGCAAAAAAACAUAUGGGGAGUUAUGCAAUUGUAGGUGAAGACAGCGCUAAUGAGAGCGAUCUAGAAAAUAGCAAUAAAAAGCGUCGUCGAGGUGCUCUUCUUCCUCGUACUGUGUUGGGAGAUGUUUCCCUGAAAUCUAAUACGGUACACAAGUCAUACAGAAUGCCAUUGAUUGAAGAUAAGCGGCUGCUUUUGUCUAGCAAUGAUCCGUCGCCUCCGUUAGGACUUAGGAAACGUAUUCUACUACCUCCUCGUCCGUUGCAUGAUCCCACGAGUGAGUUUGCUAUAGUAUUAUAUGAUCCAACGGUAGAUGUAAUACCUGGGGACGAGAUGCAAACACCUCCAACUUCAGCAGACUCUUCCAUGUUAGAAUCGCCACCCACCAUAGAGGAAGCAGAGACCAAUAAUCGCCGGAAGAAGACUCACAAAUCUCUUGCUGAAAUAUUGGGUAUUUCAAACGCAUCAGAGGCUGAAAUGCUUGCAAAAUACCCCAAUGUACCUGUGGUAAUUGAUCCAGUUUUAGCUAAAAUUCUCCGUCCCCAUCAAGUUGCUGGUGUCAAGUUUCUUUAUAGAUGUACUGCAGGAUUGAUGGACCCAAGAGCUAAAGGAUGUAUAAUGGCUGAUGAGAUGGGACUAGGUAAAACUCUUCAAUGUCUUGCAUUAAUGUGGACAUUAUUGCGUCAAAGUCCUAGGGGUCGAAGGACAAUAGAGAAAUGCAUUAUUGUAUGUCCUUCCAGUUUAGUCAGAAAUUGGGCCAAUGAGAUUGUAAAAUGGUUAGGUCCUGGAGUUCUAACACCGUUGGCAGUUGACGGGAAAUCAACAAAGUCAAAUGAAUUAGGCCAAGUUUUACAGCAGUGGUCGGUUGCUAAGGGAAGAAAUAUCGUUCGACCUGUUUUGAUUAUUUCUUAUGAAACCUUAAGACGUAAUGUUGACAAAUUGGCUGGAACGGAAGUUGGACUCAUGCUUGCUGACGAAGGCCAUCGAUUGAAGAACGGUGAUUCGCUUACGUUCACAGCACUAAAUUCUUUAAGAUGUGAUAGAAGAGUUAUCUUAUCGGGUACUCCUAUUCAAAAUGAUCUAUCUGAAUACUUUUCACUUUUAAAUUUUGCUAACCCAGGAUACUUGGGAACCAGAAAUGAUUUCCGCAAGAAUUUCGAAAAUGAUAUCUUGAGAGGAAGAGAUGCCGAUGCAACCGAAUUAGAAAGAACAAAAGGUGAUGCAAAACUUAAAGAAUUAAGUGAGAUGGUAUCAAAGUUCAUUAUCCGAAGAACUAACGAUAUUCUUUCAAAAUACCUUCCAGUAAAAUACGAAUACGUCAUCUUUUCCAACUUGUCACCACUUCAAAAGCAAUUGUAUGAUCAUUUCAUCACUUCACCUGAAAUAAAAAAGUUGUUAAAAGGUGUUGGAUCUCAACCUUUGAAGGCAAUUGGUAUGCUUAAGAAGCUCUGUAACCAUCCUGAUUUAUUGAACUUACCCGAUGAUAUUGAUGGCUGCGAAAAAUUUCUUCCUGAUGAAUACAUUGAGAAUAAAAAGGCUAGAGGUGGAGGUGAAUUACAAACGUGGCACAGUGGUAAAUUUCUGGUACUUGAACGGUUUUUAUAUCUGAUUCGAACUACUUCUGAUGAUAAGAUUGUUUUAAUUUCGAACUACACUCAAACUUUGGAUUUAAUUGAACGAAUGUGCCGAACUAGAAAAUACGGUUGUCUUCGUUUGGAUGGUACCAUGAAUAUUAACAAGAGACAGAGAUUGGUAGAUAAAUUCAAUGAUCCUCAAGGAAAAGAAUUCAUUUUCUUGCUUUCUUCCAAAGCCGGUGGAUGUGGGAUCAAUUUAAUUGGUGCCAAUAGGUUAAUUUUAAUGGACCCUGAUUGGAAUCCUGCUGCAGAUCAGCAAGCCCUUGCUCGAGUUUGGCGUGAUGGCCAGAAAAAGGAUUGUUUUAUUUAUCGUUUCAUCCUGACAGGAACCAUUGAAGAGAAGAUAUUUCAACGUCAGUCUAUGAAGAUGUCACUUAGUUCUUGUGUUGUUGACGAGAAAGAGGAUGUUGAGAGACUUUUUAGUGGAGAUAACCUUCGUCAAUUGUUCCUUCUACAAAGAGACACAGAUUGUGACACUCAUGACACUUACAAAUGUUCAAGGUGUGAUCCUACAACCAAAAAACAGCUAACAAAAGCACCAGCCAUGCUAUAUGGAGAUUCAACUACAUGGAACCAUUUGGACAGGGCCUCGUUGGCACAGAAUGAAGAUGCAUUGCUUCGAAUUGAAGCCGAUUUCAAUGAUAUUUCAUAUGCGUUCCAAUACAUUAGUCAUUGA